CAGAGCAGCACAGUAGCAUGCAGCUAUUCAGCGAUACUCUCAGCAUUCAUUGUUUACUGAUUUGAUUGAUUUACAUUAUCAAUGGACUUUGUUCAUUGGAAUCGUUGGAAAUAAUCAACAUUCAAACAACCAUCGAACACAAAGAGACAGCAUAAUCAAAACUGUGAUUUCGAUGUUCUACUGACCUUGCUGCUGUAAUUUUUCAAAAGUGAAAGUAAGCCUUGUGAAAGUAAACCUUAAUUCCAAAAGCCAUUACAGAAGAGAGACAGUGAUGGUGUAAAAUGGCAAAUAAAUCUUCUCUACCAGAGGAGGAUCUCUGCUGUCCUGUGUGUUGUAAUAUUUUCAGGGAUCCAGUUUUCCUGUCGUGUAGCCACAGCAUCUGCAAAGCCUGUCUUCAGGAAUUCUGGAAACAGAAGGGAUCUCGGGAAUGUCCAAUGUGCCGGGAAAGAUUGUCAAUGGAAAACCCCCCAUGUAACCUGGUUUUAAAGAACCUGUGUGCGGCCUUCUUACAGGAGCAAAGUCAGAGAGAUUCAGCAGGGUCAGAGAUGCUCUGCAGUCGGCACAGUGAGAAACUCAAACUAUUCUGUCUGGAUGAUAAGCAGCCCAUCUGUGUGGUGUGUCGGGAUUCAAAAAUACAUAAAAAGCAUGACUGUAUCCCCACGGAUGAAGCUGCACUGGAUUGUAAGGAGGAAGUUAAGACUGCACUGAAACCCUUAAAGGAGAUGCUGGAGGACUAUAAGGAAAUUAAACUGAUCUGUGAUCAAACAGCAGAGCACAUUAAGAGCCAGGCAGAGCACACAGAGAGGCAAAUUAAGAAGGAGUUUAAGAAGCUUCACCAGUUUCUACAAGAUGAAGAGGAGGCCAGGAUUGCUGCACUGAGGAAGGAAGAGAAGCAGAAGAGUCAGAUGAUGAAGACGAAGAUUGAAGAGAUGACCAGAGAGAUCUCUUCACUUUUAGACACAAUCAGAGACAUAGAGAAGGAGCUCGGAGGUGAAGACAUCUCAUUCCUGCAGAACUACAAUGCCACAGUGAAAAGAGCCCAGUACACACUGCCAAAUCCACAGAGGGUUUCAGGAUCACUGAUCCAUGUGGCAAAGCACCUGGGCAACCUGCAGUUCAGAGUCUGGGAGAAGAUGCAGGGGAUAGUUAAAUACACUAAUUUGAUUCUGGACCCCAACACUGCCCAUCCACGUCUCAUCCUGUCUGAGGAUCUGACUAGUAUGAUAUACCGUAAUGAGCCACAGCAGCUUCCUGACAACCUAGAGAGAUUUGAUGAAUGCUUUGUGGUCCUGGGCUCUGAGGGCGUUAGCUCAGGGACACAUAGCUGGGACAUUGAUGUUGGAGGAAAUAAAGCCUGGGUCCUGGGUGUGGCCCCAGACUCUGUCCAGAGGGAGGGCGAGUUCGGCUUCAGACAUAGAACCUUGGGUGUGUGGUGUAUUAAUGAGAAAUAUUAUACACAUUCCUUAUCAGAGGCACUUACUCCAUCCACUCCAUUCAAAGUGAGUAAGCCCCAGAAAAUCAUAAUGCAGCUGGACUGGGAAAAAGGACAGCUCUCAUUUGUUGACCCAGUCAAUAACACGCAACUUCAUAAAUUCAUGCAUACUUUCAAAGAUAGUCUUUCCAUACAUCUCUAGCAAACACCCUCUUAGGAUUUCUUUGUCAGGGGAUUUCUGCCUCUGUCCAAAUCAGGGACAAACAUGCUGUAAACUAGUCAGUAACACUCACUGAUUUCCUUCAGUGCAAGAUUCUCACAGAGGGAGAGCACAGACUGUGAUGGCGUGAAGAGGACCUUCCUCCACCAACAAUACUCCUGCUGUAACCCACCUGUCAAACAACAUGCUGUUUUGAACUAUGUCAAUUUGUAUAACAGCAUGUAAAUACAUGUUAUGUUGCAUUGCUUAUUACUGUUAUCAGUGAGGGUUUCCAUUUCCUGUGUGUUAUAGGGCAGGAUUUUUAAACUGUUCUGUUCUGAGGCCCCCGUUCCAAGGCCCCCAAAAUGUGUGCUCAAUAUUCAUUCUUGACGCUGACAAUAUGAAAUUGAACAAUGUUUUAAGCCUAAUUCCUGUAAAACACUGUUUAACAGUUUGUUCGUGUGAGAUGUUUUGCCUUUUCUAUAGUUUUUUUGUUGUUAUUUUCAUUUUCAGGGACCCCUGGGAUGCAUCAAACAGACACAUGACAUUGUGACUGUGACACAUUGCUGAAGUCUUCUGUAAUGUAUUCUUAGUACAGUAAUACCUACAGUAUACUGGCAUUAAGAUUUCCUUCAUUGUUUUUCUUUGAAUAUUUCAGAAUAAUUCUUGAUUCUGUCCAUUCAAUUAGUUUAUUCCUGAUGUUGUGUUCCAAUAACCAGUCCCACAGUAAUGAGUAAUGUCCAAUUGUUUUCUUGGGCAAUGUCGGCCCUUGGUGGUUAGAGUAGACUACUGCAACUGAGAUUGAGCAUACAUUUUUUUUUGAUAAGCUUUGUUGAUGACCAUUUGUGAUGGUCCGCGGUUUAUUUGAAAGAGUGCUCCGUAAGCCACAUUUUAGUGAGGUGAAAAGCCUGUCAUUUUACAAUGGGUCCGCGUGGUUCUGUGUGGCCUACUUAUGCUUAAUUAUUUGAGACCAGUGUAUUGCAGUUAAUUUUGUCUUUGACUUAAUAAGUCAAACAUAUUUGAAUAGUUAACAGGGAAACAACAACGAGUCCCAGACAGUUCGCAAUAGAACAUACCAGAAGGGGGCAUCGUUUACGACCUAAAUUAUUGGGAUCAUCUGGUUAUCACCAGUGUUUGGAAUGCAGUGAGCUCGUUGGCAAAACAGACCAUAAUCAUUACGCAGGUGCACCUUGUGCUGGGGACAAUAAAAGGUCACUCUAAAAGGUGCAGUUUUGAAACAGAGCACAAUGCCACAGAUGUCUCAAAUUUUGAGGGAGUGUGCAAUUGGCAUGCUGACUGCAGGAAUGUCCACCAGAGCUGUUGUUAAUUUCUCAACCAUAAACCACCUCCAACAUCAUUUGAGAGAAUUUAGCAGUACUUCCUACCGGCGUCACAACCGCAGACCACGUGUAACCACGCCAGCCCAGGACCUCCACAUCCGGCUUCUUCACCUGCAGGAUCGUCUGAGACCAGCCACACAGACAGCUGAUGAAACUGAGGAGGAUUUCUGUCUGUAAUAAAGCCCUUUUGUGGGGAAAAACUCAUUCAGAUUGGCUGGGCCUGCCUUCCAAGUGCGUGGACCUAUGCCCUCCCAUUCACUAGGCCCUAAUCUAUGGAUUUCACGACUGCGCCCUGCACACUGUUUACUGCAAUUGUCUGGAUUAUCUUGAGACCAGAACAAAACUACUUAUUUGAUUAAAUUAGAGAUUGAAAUAAAUUGUGUUUCUUUACGAA